AUGAGCUUUAUAUUACGGCCUCGCGCCGUAGUAGGGAGGGGUAGGGUCUGUGCAGGGCUUCUGGGUUUCCUCUGUCUAAGCGAAUCCUCACCCCAAGAGCCGGAUCAGGCCGGGGAUGUAACACCAGGCAAAGAGUACUCAGGGAGAUGCCAAGGGGAGCUGAACCCUUCUUACAUUCCUCCCCCCUCGAGUGAACGUCCUCGGGCGCCCCCGGGCAUAUCCCAUAGGAUUAUGGUUGUUUUAGAUCUCGUAGGAUUGUGA